UGCUCUUCUUCUCCAGCCGUUUUGGCACAAGGCGUCUUCGGCCUCGAGCACCUCGACCGACCUGCCUGGCGAGUCACCAGCCCGGGCUCGCAUCCAUGGCUGGCACCGGUAUGCCUGCAGUGGGCACGCAGCGCACACCCAAGGCCGGCACGGGCGCCACUGGUAGCCCUCCCAGGGGCUCGUCGGGCUCGUUCGGCAGCUUCGCCGACGGGAACCCAGACAUGAAGUAUGUUGUGAUCACCGGAGGGACUAUCUCUGGCCUCGGCAAGGGCACCACGAUCUCGUCCGUUGGCGUGGUGCUGAAGUCCCACGGGCUCAGGGUCACCGCGAUCAAGAUCGACCCGUACCUGAACAUCGAUGCCGGCACCAUGAGCCCAUUCGAGCACGGAGAGGUGUACGUGCUCGAGGACGGUGGCGAGGCCGAUCUCGACCUCGGGAACUACGAGCGCUUCCUGGGCCUCACCCUCACCUCGGGACACAGCAUGACCUCCGGCAAGGUGUACGACCAGGUCAUCAAGCGCGAGCGCACUGGCCAUUACUUGGGCAAGACGGUGCAGAUGGUGCCUCACGUCACAGACGCAAUCCAGGAUUGGAUCACCGACGUGGCCCGCAAGAACGUCGACGGCUCCGGCGCGCCGCCACAGGUCUGCCUCGUGGAGCUGGGCGGCACCGUGGGCGACAUCGAGAGCGCUGUCUACCUGGAGGCCCUUCAGCAGUUCAAGUUCCGGGUGGGUGACAAGAACCUCUUGAUGAUCCAUUUGGGCAUGGUCCCCACAGUCGGCGCCACCAACGAGCAGAAGACCAAGCCCUGCCAGCACUCGGUGAAGCUGCUGCGCGAGGCGGGCCUGAAGCCGGACCUGCUGAUGUGCCGCUGCGACGUCGAGAUUGACGAGGCGACGCGCAGAAAGUUGUCGCUGUUCUGCCAGGUGCCCCCCGAGAUGGUCAUAUCCUUGCACGACGUGUCCAACCUGUACCAGGUGCCUCUCCUGCUGGCGAAGCAAGCCGUGGGGCGACUGAUCUGCGAGCAGCUUGGCAUCCGGGCGGCCGCUGGGGAGGUUGCCGGCGCCGUGGCGCCAACGCUGCCGCUCGGUGUCGACGUGCUCCCUGCGUCGGCAGCAGCUCAGCGGCUGGGCGAUUGGAGGGUGGUUGCGGACCGCGUCGAGAGGUGCACGGAGGAGGUUUCGAUCGCGCUGGUCGGCAAGUACACGGGCAAUCCAGACGCGUACGUCAGCGUGGUGAAGGCCCUGCAGCACGCCGCCAUCGAGGCGGGUUUGCGCCUGGUGGUGUCGUGGGUGGACUCCUGCAAGCUGCUCCCUGGGGCCCAGAAGACCGACCAGCGUGGCUACGAGGACAGCUGGGAGAAGGUCCGAUCAGCGCAGGGUGUUCUUGUGCCUGGUGGUUUUGGUGGCCGUGGAAUCGAGGGAAAGAUUGCCUGCGAGGCCUACUGCCGGGAGACCAAGAAGCCCUUCCUUGGGAUCUGCGUCGGCCUGCAGACGGCUGUCAUCGAGUUCGCGCGCAGCGAGCUCGGCUGGGAGGAGGCCAACUCAACCGAGUUCGACGAGGAGACGCCGCACCCAGUGGUCGUGUUCCUCCCAGAGGCCUCUGCCACGGUCAUGGGCGGCACGAUGCGACUCGGCUCGCGCGCCACAAUCCUCCGCGACAGGGACUCGCUGGCGUGCCGCAUCUACGGCGGCAAGCCCGUCAUCUGCGCCACCGCCACCGCUACGAGGUGAACGCGUCCUGCGUGGCGGCCAUGGAGGCCCGGGGCCUGCGCUUCGUGGGGACGACCGCGGCCAGCGCAUGGAGGUGUGCGAGCUCCAGGGUCACCCCUUCUACGUGGCCUGCCAGUUCCACCCCGAGUUCCAGAGCACCCCCGCGCGCCCCGCGCCGCUGUUCCUGGGCCUGGUGCUGGCGGCCGCCGGUCGCCUGGAGGAGCGGCUGGAGUCCGACGGCGGCUGCCUGUGCGUCGGCAACGGCUUCAAGCGGGUGCUGGCGUGAGCCACCCCAGGGCCGAGCGCCAGGCGUCCAAUGGCUGCCUGUUGGGUACGUAGGCAGAGGACACUCGGGGUGCCGGUCCCUCUUUCUGCAGCGGGCGCUGGGCGAACCGCCUCCUGCUGGGGCUCGGCGGAUUCGCCUGCCGGGGGAGAGGCCGUCUGAGCACGAGGGCCGCGCGGCCCCGAAGUCUUACUGUACAAACGGCGGCCGGCAGGCUGGUGCGGUGCGGGCCGAGCGGCGGCGGCGGCCCGCGCCGCCCGUGUUUGUCCUCGGCGCCUCGCCCUCGCCUGGGCCGAGCGUAGGGCGCGCCGCGGGGUAGGCGCGCUCUGCCGGGGGCUGCUCGCCUGGGUGUGCGGGGGGAUGGACCGCUCCAGACGCGGGGCUGCUUGUGGGCCUGCCGCACGCGGGCGGGGCCGCGUGCUGGCGACAGGGGACCGGGUGCGGCUCUGCGCUCACGGCCAGGGGUUCGUGAGCCGCGGCAGCAGCGCGAGAA